AUGAAGCCCAACCCCACAGGCUCCUCCCCAGAGGCCUGCAAAGCUACAGGCCAGGCACCACAACAGAAGACUCAAGCCAGACCUGCACAGACCCGUAGGCAGAAGGUUCUCGUGACUGGAGGAGGAGGCUACCUGGGCUUUAGCCUAGGGUCCAGUCUGGCCAAGAGUGGCACUUCUGUCAUUCUGCUGGAUCUCCGCAGACCCCAGUGGGAACUGUCUCCAGGGAUGGAGUUUAUCCAGGCUGAUGUCCGAGAUGAAGAAGCCCUGUACCACGCCUUUGAAGGGGUGGACUGCGUCUUCCACGUGGCCUCCUAUGGAAUGACCGGUGCUGAGAAGCUGCAAAAAGAGCAGAUUGAGUCUAUAAAUGUCGGAGGCACCAAACUAGUGAUUGAUGCCUGCGUCCGCCGGCGGGUUCCGAGGCUCGUCUACACCAGCACCGUCAAUGUCGUGUUUGGCGGGAAGCCCAUAGAGCAGGGCGAUGAAGACUCCGUGCCGUAUUUCCCACUGGACAAGCAUAUGGACCACUACUCCCGAACCAAAGCCAUCGCUGACCAGUUGACCCUUACAGCCAAUGGGACACCUCUCCCAGGAGGAGGCACUCUUCGGACGUGUGUGCUCCGGCCCCCGGGGAUCUACGGCCCUGGAGAGCAGAGGCAUCUGCCCCGUGUGGCGAGCCACAUCAAGAGGAGGCUGUUCAUGUUCCGGUUCGGGAACCUCAGGACGCAGAUGAACUGGGUCCACGUGCGCAACCUGGUGCAGGCACAUGUGCUGGCGGCCGAGGCCCUCACUGCGGCCAGGGGCUGUGUGGCAAGCGGGCAGGCGUAUUACAUCAACGACGGGGAGAAUGUCAACCUCUUUGAGUGGAUGGCCCCGCUGUUUGAGAAGCUGGGGUACAGCCAGCCCUGGAUCCAGGUGCCUACUUCUUGGGUUUACCUGACAGCCACAGUGAUGGAGUAUCUGCAUCUGGCCCUGCGGCCCAUCUGCAGCAUCCCCCUGCUGCUCACCCGGAGUGAGGUGCACAGCGCGGUCGUCACGCACACCUUCCGGAUCGCCAAGGCCCGCGCGCAGCUCGGCUACGCGCCCGACAAGUUCAGCUUCGCCGACGCCGUGGAGUCCUACAUGCGUGCCUGA